UUGCCAUUAAGAGCUUCCACUCUACUUAUCGCUGUGUGCCCUGCCUGACGCCGACUAUCAGAAGCCCAACACUCCCACAGACAUAUGUAUAGAAAUAUGUAUACAUAAAGGCCGACGCAAGCCAGUCCAUCAAUUGUUUACCACUGACCGAUUGACAUGGCUAGCCCCCUACUGGUGUUAUUUUUGGCGGUCUUCUGCGCCGGAUCCACCGUCAGCCAUGAGCUUCAGCCCACACCCACCAUGGACAGGGACCAGUACAUGGCCGCCUCCAGACUUCGAAGCUUGGUGACUGAGUUCGUCGACUACUACCAGAAUAUUACGCUGGCGGAUCUGAAUUUGUAUCAGGAUGAACAUCCGCGGCUAACCACGGAUCAGGAUCAGGAGUGCCUGGAAGAUCUAGCCCUUACCAUGCAGGACCUGUCCUCGGGCGGAAUCUGGACACUUAGAAUGUUUGACUCGUGGGGCUCGUUGCCCUCGGGUAUGCUCUAUGGCAACAUGUGGGAUCUGGGAAACUACGACGAGUGUCUCAACGUUGAUCACGCUGUCAGCGCCAGUCACAGCGUCCGGGGAAAGUACUGCUUUGCCCAGGUCUCGCUCGCCCCCAGCAUUUCGUCGCUGCUCAACAUAAAGACAGCGGUCUGCUUUCCCGCGUCCUGCACAGCUGCCAACAUGGACACGCUGCUGCGACAGCUGUUCGAGAAGCUGCUCAACGUCGAGAUCGGUGCGGACCUGCAGUUGGUGGACGAGAGCACGUGCCAGACUGCCCAGAGGGAACCCUACGACGGACUCACCAUAUUCACCAUAGUCCUGUUGUCGGUGCUGUGUGCCCUGAUGCUCCUGGCCACCUUGUACGACUAUUUCUUCGUUAAGGAUCAGAAAACACUUUCCCCGGUGGUGAAGGCCUUCUCGGCGCGGGCUAAUUGCCGGGCUCUCUUCCGGAUUGUGGACAGCAAGUCGAACCCCAAUGUGAUCGACUGCCUCCAUGGAAUGCGCUGUCUGUCCUUCGUCUGGGUGGUGUUCGGGCAUGUCUAUCUGGUGGCUGCCAUGGGGCCCGCUAUUAACUACGUCGAUAUGUUAACGUGGUACCAAACGGUAUUCAGCAUGCUCAUAAAGCAGGGGGUCUACGCGGUGGACACUUUCUUCUUCCUGAGUGGCCUAUUGCUGGUGCUGAUUGCCCUACGGAUCAUGGAGAGGACAAAGGGAAGGCUCAACAUACCCAUGAUGUAUCUCAAUCGCUAUCUGCGCCUCACGCCCCUCUUGGCUCUGGCGAUUCCCAUUUACAUGAGAAUCCUGCCCAUUCUGGGUGACGGGCCCCUGUACGGAUCCGUUUCAUUCGACAACUACGCCAGCUGCAGCGACUCCUGGUACUUGACGCUCCUGUACGUGCAGAACUAUGCCACGGACUCAAUCUGUGUGUCGCAUUCCUGGUACCUGGCAGUGGACAUGCAACUGUACAUCGUGUCACCCUUUCUGCUGAUUGCCCUGUACAAGUGGGGACGGCGGGGAGCGGCCGGGAUCCUGGUGCUGAUGCUCCUGCUGGCCUCCUGCCUUUUCAGCAUGAUGGUGAUCAAAAACAUAUCCACUGCCUCCCUGGAAAACAAUCCAAUGAAAAAGCUGUACUACUCCACACACACUCGGGCCUCUCCCUAUCUUAUUGGCAUCCUGUUCGGGUACUUCCUGCACAUGAACCGCGGCAAGCCGUUCAGGCUAGGCCGUGUCGCCGUGGUCCUGGGCUGGCUGUUGAGCCUGGCUCUGCUCUUCACCUGCAUAUUUUCAGUGCAUGGCAAGGGAAUCGGUUCGCUGCCGGUAGUGGAAGAAGCCUUCUACCUGACGCUGUCCCGCAUCGCUUGGCCCCUGGGGCUGUGCUGGGUGGUGUUCGCCUGCAUACACGGCUACGGCGGCCCGGCCAACAGCUUCCUCUCCUCGCCCCUGUGGCAGCCCCUGUCGAAGCUCUCCUACUCCGCCUACAUCUUCCACAUGGUCAUCGAGUCCCUCAACGCCGGCAUUACGCGAACCAACACGUACUUCAGUGAUUACCAGAUGAUGCUUCGAUUCUGGUCCGACUUUGCCUUCACUGUUCUGCUCGCUUUCCUUAUGCACAUCCUGAUCGAGGCGCCCCUCGGUAGCUUGCAAAGCCAUUUGCUGCAGACUCGCAAGCCCAGCCCUAAGCCUGAGGAGGCUGCGACAGUCCCAGAAGGACCUACGACCAAGACGGCUCCUGAUCCGCCUACAGUUAAGGACUCACCCACCUCUGACGUACAAGAGUAGGGGAUUGGACCUAAUUUAGCUAUUAGGAUGGUUAUGGAAGCCUAUACUAGGCGCAUCUGUGGGCUAUCUUUUAUAUUCUUAGCGUAAUAGUAAAUAAACAAC